UUGGCGCCAUCCAAAACUGUCACUUAGGUUGGUACUGCGCUGUACAAGCGUUGUCCGCUCUAAUCUUUUGGUUACGUUCUUUUAUUUAAUUUAUUUUUGAACACUAGCGUGAUUUGAGUUUGUCAGGUGUAUAGCCGCGUAUGUUAUGCAGGAUAAUUUGAGUCUUCAGCACGAUGACGGAGAUAAGCGACGAGUUGACGGGGCAGCCCUUCAGUCAAAAUAUUCGCGUGUACGUGAACGUCAAGACGGACGCAUUUUGCACCGACCUCAUCUUUCCUUUCGGGAUUCCAGCUAACGGUGUUAUUUCUGUGUUCGUGGGUGACUUUUCGGCUUCAUACUCACGAGAAUGCUGCGAGCAUCCGGAAGCUGCAGAGAAAGUCAUCAAUCAGAAACUGGUUGUCAUGUGCCGACCGCACCAGGGCAAGCCCACCUGUGUGCCUGUGCCCUGUCCCAUGUCAAGCCAAGGCGACGAUGUCACGGGAGAGUCGAAUGAAACCACUGUUCCUGCGCAAGACUUCAUGGAGCCCGUGUGGAAGGAAGCCAAGUCUACGAAUGAUAGAUUGACAGUCAGCGCGGCUCACUUGAGGGUGCCCGGUACUGAGCUUGAAGAAAAUGAACAAAACGACGGCUCUUUUGAGAUGGAUAUUGAAGAGUUCACUGAUGGCUCUCCAGUUUUGAGUGUAGGGGACGCUAAUGCGUCAGUGUCACGGUCGGAGUCUCCAGAUGACACCGAACUGCCACAUAUCAUUGACGUUACUGCGCCGGCGUUUCACUUAUUCUCUUCUUCAGAGGAGUCUGACGACGAUUCACCCUGCCUAAAACAACGAAAACUUCGCCGCAGAGGAGGAGAUGCAGCAGUGUCGAGCUCUGUGCAAUCCUCCAUUCGCAAGCCAUUGGGUGACUACGAAGUGGACGAAUUCGUUUGCGCUAUCUGCAACAAGAGCUUUCCAACGCGGCCACGUUGUCAGCACCAUGUGUGGAGCCACCUUCACCCGGCAGACAGCAUCCUCAAGUCCUUCAAGUGUCCAGCAUGCAUUAAGGCUUUCUCCAGCCGUUGGGCACUGCGUUUCCAUUACAAGGCAAAGCACCUGGGCGGCAAGCAUGUGUGCUCACAUUGCGACGUGGGUUUUGAUACCUCUACAGCGCUGUCCCUACAUGUGCGUCGCAUGCACACUCUCUGCCUUUGUGUGUACACAUGCGAGUAUUGCCUGCACAUGUUCGAGCGACGUUCCGCUUAUAACAUGCAUGUGGCUAGCAAGCAUGAAGAUGGGACAGUCACGAUGCUAAGCCGCUUCCCUGAAGUUGAACUUCGCUGCUCCCAUUGCCCCAGCUUCAUCACAUCUUCCGACUUGGUACUCACUCGGCACCUACAAAGCAUGCACCCCGAGGUCGAGGCAUUUGGUUGCAGGAUGUGCUCACUCGUGUUCCAGGAGCAAAGAGAGCGAGAGGAGCACGAGCAGACUGUGCACACAGUUAAGCUUAACCGCCUUGGCAGUCAGUGCAUCUACCUCUGUCGCAUCUGCGACAAGGCCAUCACCACACUGAGUGGCCUUGCCUGUCACCUUCGACUGCACUUGGGUCAGCGUGAGAAGUUGUUCUUGUGCCCCACAUGUGGUGCACAGCUUGCCACUGCUACUACACUCCGUAUACAUAUGAUGUUGCAUGAGAAAAGCCCUUGGCUUCAAUGCCCCCACUGCCCCCGUCAGUUCCAUCUCCGCAUCUGUCUGCGCAAGCAUCUGAGGCGGGCCCACGAUGCACACCUACGCUGCACCUGUUCACACUGUGGAAAAAAAUUUGUGACCACCAAGGAGGUUUGCAGGCACCUAGCCACUGUGCACAUUAGUGACCUCUCGCAGGACGAAAUGGCACUUCUCUCCAAGCUGAAAAAGUACUCCUGUGAGCUGUGCCCAUUUGAGACAUACAGUAACAAGGGUUUGCACACGCACAUGUCAAACCACCCAGAGGCGCAGUGGCUCAAAUGCAGCCGAUGCCCAUACUACUACCCAACUGAGGCAGAGCUGCUUGCUCACGAAGCACGGUCACACAAGACGGCUCCAUGCAAACGCCCUUGUCCACUGUGCCCACGAAUUUUCUACUCGAAGGCUUUACUUGAUGAACAUACCCAGCUGCAUGCAGACGGUAAUGGCUUAAAGUGCCUGCAAUGUGACAAGGUGUUCAGAACAAUCCCGCAACUGGAACGGCAUGCAGAGUGCCACGACCCAACCAUCACUCAAAGAUGUGGAGACUGUGGACGCACAUUUAGCUCUAUACAGAGCUUACAGGUACAUCAGCGCUCGGUGCACAAGAAGCGCAAAAGGCUGCAGUCACCUAGCCUUCAAAGCCACACCACUGACCAUCGGUGCCCACAUUGCCAACGGCAGUUUCAGUGUGCCAGUGGCCUGCAGGCGCACAAAGUUUACAAGCAUGACUAUGUGGACUCUCCCAGUGGGAGCAAAUUGCCCUGCCCGUUAUGCAGAAGGAUGUGCAGCUCUGAGGUCGCCAUGGCCGUGCACUUGCGGAUCCACCUCAACGAGCGGCCAUAUGUGUGUGAGCUCUGCGACAAGAAGUUCACUAGCUUUGGGGCAGCCAAAGCACACAGCGCACGCCACCUGACAAUGCAUGAGUGCAGUCAGUGUGGCAAGCAGUUCUUCCAGCGAAGCAAACUGGAUGAACAUAUCCAGUUGGCACACUCUGUCUCACUCGGAACAGAACUGUCUGUUCUUCCCAACGCUGGUCAGCCGGAAGUGAUAGAGGAGGAAGCAGUGGUAGAGAUGUUGGACCAUUCUGCUAGCGAUGCUCAUAGUUCAAUGUCACAGCUGUCGCUGUAGAGCCAGUGGGGCAUCUUAAAUGCCAUGAAAAUUUGCAUGCAAGCCUUACUGUGCACACUCCACUGUGAGACACACAACUUCCAUGAUGAAGGCACUGCCAUGUGAUAGUUCCGGGGCAAAGGCACAUGACCAAGUAUAGAAGGUGCUUUCUUGUGGUAGUUUAUGUAAGUUUGUUGAGAGCUAUCAGAGCUAUGUUUGGAAAUACACAAUGCCGUCCUUAAAUUAGCACAGUUAACUGGUGUAGCUGUGUACUUGGAACCAUAGAUAUGCCAAGUACCCAUUGUUUAGUCCAGCCAAUGCACACAAAGCACAGCAUCAGGUAAUGCAGAGUAACUUUGUCUGCAAAGAAGAUAGUUAUUUUAUGCGAACUAAAUUCUAAAUUCAGGAUACUCUGUCUUAAACUUAAGGCGUUCUUAGGUGUGGGACAAGUUGUGCUUAAGCGCGUAAGAUUUGCUGCAACGCAUAUGCACAUGAAGCUGUUUAAAUGUUUAAGUUAGCAUACAGAGUGUCCCAGCUGUAAGUUAGUUGGGAUACUCUGUAUAACACGCGUUACUGUGUCAAUUUUCUUUUGUUUUUCCAUUUUUUUCCUCUUCUUCUUCUUUCUCCUUUUAUUCCCUUUACCCCUUUCCCCAGCACAGGGUAGCCAGCCGGUACUUACACUGGCUAACCUCCCUGUCUUUCCUCUCCUUUGUCUCCUCCUCCUGUAUAACACACACACAAAAAAGAAGACUAAAGGCAAGUAAAUUUCAGCUAUUGCUGCCUUGUGUUUUCUUUUUCUUUCUUUCUCUUUUGUUGCAACAGAAAUACUGUUAAUAAUUAGGCAAUGAAAUGUAGAGUUCCUGAACAUGGCUCACAUUCUUUCGUUUAAAUAUUUUUUAGCCAGUGAGGCUAUAUAUUUUGAUUAAAAUGAUGAACUCAAUAUUUUGUUGCAUCAUGUGAGGGCAUGUGCAGAAAUAGCAGCAGCUAUGGUGUUAAUUGUGUGGUGUGAGAAAAUGUUAAUGUUUCAUAAUUAUAUCAUGUUUUAUUUUGGUCGUUAUUUGUGCUUUUCGUCUCCUCUGAAAUGCCAUACUUCCAUUCUAGUACUGCUUGUAUCAAGUGUCGGUCAGUUCGGAGCCUUUGAGAUUGCAUAAUUUGCAGAUGGAGACUGUAGAACAACAAAUUUUGCUUUUUAUCUGCUGACGCUUUCAUACUUGUAUGACAACAAAUCUGAGAUGACCUUCUAAAGGAUUGCACUUUGUUGCAGUUGACCUAAAUGUCACCUGUAAUAUCAUAGAAGUGCAACAUCAUAAGCUUGCACAGAAUCAUUGCAAUGUGUCGCUACUGAAAGUUGUGAUUGGUUGAAGCAGCUGAAAUCAUGCUACAGCAAAGAACAUAUGUAUUUUAUCACAUGUUGGGAGAUUGCAUGCACCUAUAAUAAUUGAUGACGUACACAGUGCUAUAAGGAAUGAUGUGCACUUGUAAUUUUGAUGUGCCUGCUCCUGCAAUGCGACCUUUGACAAGUUCAUAUAUACAUUUGCUGCAGAGAGAUACAAGGGUCUUGUUGGUGCUUGAAGCUGAGCAUGCAGGUCACAAAGUUCAGAGCAUGAAAAAAUUUAACAGCAUAUUCUUUGUAAAUUUUGAACAAACAGAGCGCUGUAUACUUGAAAAAGUGUGUGACAGGCAUGGUGCAGCAUGUGUACUGCCUGGAUUUUAUGUUGAAUUUGCUGCUUUAAAAACAAUGAACUGUGGCAGAUAGCACAAUUCCAUAUAUUCAGCGAGCUUGCCUGAAGUGGCAGAUACUAACAUGACAAAUCACCCUGCACAUUUGGCAAAUUAACCAAAUUACAUAACACUAUCAUUGAUUUGGGGAACAGAGUGCAGUUGCAUAACUGAGUAUGGUAAUGCAAGUUCAGAAAUAUCCAUCCCCAACGCAUGCCAUGAAAUAUAUUGGCACUGCACAUAGUUUUCCGCCGAAGGUUGGCUGGAAAGAUUCUUUUGGGACAUGAUUAAACAUGCAUUAUGGGGCAUAUCUAUCAAAUUUGCUAGCCAUAGAAUUUCAUACAAUUACUAGAGGGAACUGUGGCACUAAUGUCUAUGCGGCUGCUGCAAGCAGGGCAGUUCAGCCAGCAUAGGAAGGAUGAGUAGUACGCGGAUUUGCCUAAACUUCAUCCUUCUGGCUUUAAAUGAUUUCGUGACUUUGCAAAUUGAUCAACUUUAAGAACGAACUGCUUUACUAAAAUUGUCUGACGGCAGGAUUCAAACACACGACCUCUAACACAGAAGCAAGAUAUUGAAACCAUUACGCUACGGCCGCAUGGAAAAGCGUAACCACAACAGUGAGCAGCGAUUAUGCAUGCUUGCAGAGUUUUAUUACCUUCUGCAUUAAAGAAAGUAUAAAUUGCUUUGAAAUUUAGUCCAAUUUAGGCCUAGAUAAAGCAUAUAAACUAAGCUAAAAGAAUGCCUGACGCCCCAAACACAAAGAUCAGACAAAUCCAUGUAUUACCCAUCAUUCCCAUGGUAGCUGAACAAUCGCAGUGCCAGAGUGCCCUCUAGUAAUUGUAGGAAACUCUAUGGUGCAAGCCACAGAGUUCAGUAAGUUGUGUCACAAAGCAAUUAAGUUAGUUUAACUUUCUUAUAGCUGGUGCAGCAUGGUCUUAGUCGCUUUUGUGCCAUUAAACCCACAUUAACUAACUUUCUUAAAGCUAAUUGCACAUUGGGAUUUGUUAUGCAAGUGAAUGUUUACCUCUUUGAGCAUUCCAGCUCUGUAUACGAAACUGGGUUAUCUGCCAUAGAAAAUUUUUGGAAAAUGCAUUCAUGUUUUAAAAGAAAAAGGUGGUAUGUGAAUAAUGAAACAAGCGAAAGCCAGUAGUUAUGUCACUUUUUUGAUAACACAAACAAAUACGCAACCUAUGCCUUUUGCACAUCUUACUGUACCUUUACAGUAGAAGUAUUUAUAUUGGUAUCUGUUCACUCCAUUGACAGUACCUUGGGCUUGUUCAAGCAAGAGUGCUUGCUUGAGAUGCAAUAGUGGUUGAUUAUAGCCUCAAGAUUAGUAUGUAGGUGGGCUAGCAGAAUACUGCUGGAAUUUUGUUGCGAGCAUAAAAGGGUUAGGCCAUAUGAGAACAGAGAAUUGUGUUCAUUAGUGUGACUUCUCUUGUUUUAUCUACAGUCUUGGUAUGAAUGUGGCUUGCAUAACGAGUAGUUUGUAACUUGUUCAGCUAAGCUAAUAUGGCAUGCAGCUACAUAUGCAAUUAAGCACACAGUCCAAAGCACAGUGUUGUGUUGUCUAAGCAAUUGUGUCCAUGCAUCAUGGUUUGAAGGUGGCUCAGGCAAGUCAGAGACGUAGUGAUCGUAACAACAGUAAGCACAAAGCGUUGAUUAUGAUGCAAGAAUGCAGCACGAAAAACUCAUUGAGUGAAUUUAGUGAAUGUUCUACUGCUGCAGAUUACAGAGCCGUGUGUUGAAUAAUUCUAGAGAAGGCAGCAGGAUUUGAGUGCUAUUCAAGCCACACAAUUUAUUCCAGAGUUUUGCAGUUCCUUUUUAUUCUUAUGUCACUUGCGUUACCUCUUGCAUGAAGGAGACUUGCAAGAAGCAAGUCGAUUGUAUUGUUAUGAAGACAAUAACUUAUGAUGCCUCAAUAAAGUUUUAUAUUCUUUACUGAA